AUGAGUUUUAUUUUUAUUUAUGUAACUCAUUUUUGCUUGCUGGGUGUUUUCCUUUGGAGUGGAAUCAAUGGCAGCGCACUGAAAUAUUUAGAAACAUCAAAAGGAGUACCGUGUCAAGAAAUUUUCAAAAAUUACUACCUUCCUUGCAUAUGUAGCUUUGACGUUGAAAAUAGUUCUGCAAUCAACUGUAAUGGAAUAACAUUCCUGCGGGAAUUUCCCAUUCUUCCACACAGGCAAAAAAUUCAUUCAUUUUCUCAAAGUGGUUCUGGAUUACAAAGUCUUGAAGCACAAUUAUUUACAGCCAGUAGUAUCCCUCUUCGUAUGCUGGAUUUUUCAAACAAUUUACUGCGCAGAAUUACUGAACGAACUUUUGAUGGAAUUGAAGGCACUCUCAAGGAAUUAAAUCUUCAAAAUAACAAACUUGGUGAUCAAUUGAAUUCGGUAUUUUCAUCCAAUGAAUUCCACAAAUUAUCCAGUCUGGAAAAGCUUGAUCUCUCGAGAAAUGAAAUAAAAGAGUUCCAAUCUGGGAUUUUCAGUGGAUUAGAUAAUCUUCAAGAACUUGUGUUAGAGGGAAAUAGAAUUACUACUAUUCCUAGAUCAGCAAUCCAUGGUUUACAGUCUUUGAUAUCCCUUCAUCUUCAAUCAAAUUACAUUUUGGAAAUAGGCGUCCAUUCCUUCCCCAAUCUUACAAAGUUACAAUUUUUAAAUCUCAGCUCCAAUGACAUAAUAGCGGUUCAAAGUGAUGCUUUAUCAGCACUUCCAAGUCUGAAAACUCUUAUACUUACUAACAAUCAAAUAAAGUUCUUAGGUUCUAGUUUUCUGAAUGGACUUCAGCAUCUUGAGAGUUUGGAUAUAUCUCAAAACUUAUUAGAAGACUUAGUAUUGGAUACUACUGAUUUGCCUAUCAAAAAGUUAGUUUUGCAUUCUAACAAAAUAAGGACGUUAAGAAACAUAUUAUUGAAUAAAUUUUCAUCUCUUGAAUAUCUUGAUGUUCGGAGAAAUAGAAUAUUUGAAAUCUCUCCCAAUGCUUUUUCCUCCAUGAAAAGUUUAAAAGAACUUCACUUGGAUACAAAUGCUGUUAGAAAAGUAACUAAUAUAUCAUUUAUCGGAUUAGACAACCUUUCUGAUUUGACUUUGAAUGACAAUAGAAUUUUAGCAUUCCCAACUGAAGCAUUAAGUUCACUGAAGAGUUUAAAGAAGCUGAAUUUAGAUUACAACAGAAUAGCUGCUAUUUCGAGAGAAAUUUUAGCUCCAAUUAAAUUAAAUAAAGAACUAUCUUUAGCAUUCAAUUUAAUCAGUGAAAUACCCGAUGAAACUUUUAUGGAGUUCCAGUACUUGGAAUUACUAAAUUUACAUGGCAACAAAAUAACUGAUUUUUCACAAAGGAAGACAGGUGGCUUAGAGAAUUCACUGUUAUUUUUAGAUAUUGGUUAUAAUGAAAUUACUGAGCUGCCAAAACUUCACUUUUCUAAUCUUUUAAUAUUAUCUGCUGCAAAAAAUAAAAUAUCUCAUAUACGAGCAGAAACAUUGAAGUCAUUGACUAAAUUGUUGUACUUAAAUGUAAGUUACAAUAUGGUAAAAGAUUUUUCACCAGAUUUGUUUUUACCCUUAACAAAUAUGGAACGUUUGGAUUUGCAACAUAAUCUCCUGAAAAGUGUACCCAUGGCUGCAUUUCAAAAUUUGUCUAUUUUGGAAAUUAAUUUAAAGGCUAAUCAAAUACAAGAACUUCAAGAAAAUACAUUUGUUAAUUUGCAGCGAUUGAAGAGUUUAGAUUUGAGCUUAAACAAAAUUGGAAAUAUAGCAGGUAAAUCUUUUUCCAAUACUCCGAAUAUUGAAUAUCUGAAUCUCAUGGAAAAUGAACUAACUGUUUUCAGAGGAGAUGAAUUUUCCUCUAAAACCAAAAUAAAAAGUUUGACUUUAAGUCGGAACAAAAUAGCAUUUUUAUAUUCCGAAUCUUUUGCAUUACACCCAAGAAUAAGAUAUUUAGACCUCAGCUUCAAUGUUUUGACAUUUUUUCCUUAUGAGACAAUAAACAGCUUGACUGAUUUAAUUCAUAUUAACAUGGAGGGAAACAAACUGCAUACAAUUGGUGAUGGAUAUUUAUCCAAUUUGCCAUAUCUGAGGGAGAUUGAUCUACAAAAUAAUUUGAUCUCUAAGAUUGGUGAAUAUGCAUUUUCUAAUUCUUCAAACCUGAAAACGAUAAAUUUGCAAAAUAACAGCAUUUCUUCAAUUGCUGAAAAUACCUUUAAUGACCUGAAUCACUUGGAACUGGACUUGAGCAGUAAUAAUUUAUCGUUUUUGCAUGGCAAUAUUUUUUCCCGGGCAAAAGGAUUAAAGCUAGAGAAAAUUGAUUUAUCAAGAAAUAAGUUUUCGGAUUUUCCUAAUGAAGCUUUGAAAAAACAGUAUUCUUUCUUGGAACAAGUCAACAUUUCACACAAUAACAUUAGACAAUUGCCAUCUAAUGCCGAUGUAUUAGUGAAUGUGAAAGAGUUGGAUGUCUCAUAUAACCCACUUUCUGCAGAUGCUCAUCAUGUGUUAUUUAGCGAACCUAAAAGUGUUAGAAAUCUUUUCGUUGAAGGCGUCGGAAUUUCAAAUCUGCCUACAAUCGAGUAUCCAUUUCUGAAACAAUUAAAUCUGAAAGGCAACAAACUAUCUGAAAUGAAAGCUAAUAUUUUUGAGAGAGCUACUAUGUUGUCAAAUUUAGAUUUAUCAGAAAACCACAUAUCUGAUUUUAAUGCAGAUUUACUGCCAGCUUUAAGUAAAUUAUCUUAUUUACAAGACGUUGACAUUUCUAGCAAUCCGAUUCGUGUUAUUUCACAAAAUGCCUUUUCACAUUUUCCACACAUGAGAAACUUGAAAAUUAAAAAUUUGCAAUAUCUUUCACAAAUGAGCUGUGAUAGCUUCGAUGACUUACCUCGACUUCGUAGACUGCAUGUCUAUGGAUUCAGCCCGUCCCUACAAAUUAAUGUAAAGCAGUGUUUACAGAACCUGACUGGUUUGGAAAUGUUGGGAAUUGAAAUCAAAGAUUUGCUGCUAAAAGACCAACUUCAAAGUAUUUUUUCACCGAAACUCGACACUCUCCUCAUAACUGGUUCGCUCCUGCGUGCGGUCUCAUCCAGUGCCUUUGCUGGUAUGCUAAGCCCAACCAUUCACUUGCAGUUAAUGGACACUUCGAUUGCUGCUUUUUCUGACAAGCUUUUCUUGCCCCUUCCACUCUCAUCUCAGAUUGAGUUUAGCGUUCCACACAAUAAAAUUGAGAAACUGUCACAUGAGCUGUUAGCUGUUCUAGAUAAUAAACAAAUCAACAUUAUCAUUUCUGGAAUUGAACUAAAUCCAAUCAAUUGCAACUGUCACAUCAAUGCCUUUUGGUCUUGGCUUCAAGACAAAAUGAAUUCCUCUUUCAACAGACAUUUUGGACUCACUUCUUUACUUGAUGUAACAUGCCAUGAACCAGCUACGCUAAAAGGGAAAAGAAUUAAAGAUAUUAAACUUAGCAUGUUGGUCUGUGAUAGCAGCACUUCAACUAAAGUAUCUGCCACCAUGGAGGAAAUGUCUACUUUCCAAAUGCCAGCUAUGGAGCGAGAAAUAACAACUCAGAGAGAUCUUCCCUUCAUCAUAUUUGAACCUCCUGUUACUAAAAAACCAUCAGUGCCUCUAUCGUCUAUUCCAGCAACAAGUAACCGUAGUACUUUAACAAAGGUUGAUACAAUGAUCAUAGGUAUUGUAGCCGGGGUUGUUGCUUUUGUGUGUAUUUUAAUAAUUAUUAUUUGUAUUAUAAGACUUCGGCGGGCUCACCCACUAUACACAGCUGGACCUUUAGCUGGGCCAUUAGCAUUUAGGGCUGAAGGAAAAUGUACUUGCUUAAAACCGCCAACUAAUAGUUGUACAUGUUACCCUAUGUAUCCAAUGCCUUAUUCUGGAAAUGGAAGGCCUAUGCUACCUCUAAAUUCUCAGCAGAAAAUGUUACCCCUACCUCCGCCUCCUCCAUCUGCUUUUAUGAACUCUAUAGGACAAUCUAGAAGACUUAGAAACACUCCAUAUUAUGUAACAUAUCCUGAAAGUGACACAGAGAACAAAUGAAAAUAUGUUUUAAUGCAUCUGUGCCAUUGCAUGCUUCGAAUACAACUAACAUGCGUUAUGGCUCAUCAGAUUUUAAUGCUUGGUUUUAAAAAGUCAUAUUUAUGCAUUGAAGAUUGAGAAAGAAGUCGUUAAAAUGAAUGUGUCAAGGAUUAUUUGAGCCAAAUUACUUAGACAUUUUUCAUUUGUAAUAUUUUAUUCAUCCUUUCAUUUUUCACCCUAAUUUUCUCUUUGAAUGCUUAUUUUUGUUUGAAGUUCUUUUUGUAUCCAUUAAAUUGUUUUAAGCAAGAUUCGCUAAUUUAAAUCACAUGAUUUUUCAUAACAAAUGUAUCAUGUUAAGAGACAAUAAGAUAUUUCCUAUAUGUUGUAGUAUUUUACUACUUUUUAAAAAAUAUUACAUGAAAAUUAGAAUUUUCUAAUUAUUUGCUUUGAUUAUUUUUGAAGAAUAUUGCCUGCAGCAAAGCUCAUCAAGUCUGUAAAAAAAUUAUAAUGAAUCAUUCCACUGAGACUUUACAGUUAAUUAUUUUAUAAGAAAAUUCAAUUGUACAAUUAAAAAUGACAUGAAAACUUACUGUAAGAGUUAAAAGUUUGUAAAAUGAAUUUUGCUAUUUUUCAUAGCAAUGUGAAAGUUCAAAUUGACAUUGAAGUUUUGGACUCGGUAACUUUUGUCUGAACUGUGACGAUAUGCAUUACAUUUCUUAAUUUGGUUUUCCACCCAUGUGUAAGUGAAUUCAUUUUAUGAACAAUAUUAGCAGAGUUUGUCAGAAGGAAAUCAAUAUAUGUUUUUCAAUUCCUGGUGUAAAAUUUUUGAUGCAAACUGGAACUUUGACAAAAGUAUUUUGCAUUUAAGAAGAAUUCAUUUUAUAUAAUGACUGUUUAUAUUUUGUUGUCAGUUCCACUAAAGUGUGCAUGAGAUUUCGAAUAACUGGUUGUCUUUUUUUUCAUUGUAAAUAGGUAAAGGUAGAUAAUUUAUGUAACAUUGUUUUUUGUAAAAUUUAAGGUUAUUUUAUUAUUAUAAAUACAUGUUGUAAUUAUGUAGGAUGAUUGGGUGAAGAAAAUCCAAUACUCCAAAUCGCAGUAAUAUUUGAGAAGAGAUAUCAAAAAAGAAGAAAAGUAAAAUAUAUAUUUUUUAAUGAAAUGCUUUUUUUUAUUUUUCCCUUAUGCUUAUUCACUCUUUCUUGCCCUUAAAGCAAUCACAUAGUAUUUUCAAAGACUAGCAUUUAGAGUCAUAAAUGAAUAUAGUUUUUCCUCCCUGUAAUUGUGAUUUUUUUGGGAGAGGGGAGGGGAUCUAUUUUGGCUUAACCCGUUCGGGACGGCAGUCCGCAGAAGAUAGCGCUCCCUCAGGACGGCAGCUGUUACACGCGGACUGUGUGCACAUGCCGGGAGAAUUUCUCCCGCUAAGCCUAAUACGCAAUUUCAGAAAGUACGCAUGCAUAAUAAUGGAUCGCGCCGUUCGUUCCGAACGGGUUAAUCUAAUAUGUUUAUAACUACAUUUUACAUGUUUGCUUCAGAAUAUAUUUUUAGGUUCAAAUAUAAAAUCUUCUUUUGCUGUAUUUUCUAAAUGCCUUACAUUGCAUUUUUCAUGUAACUUACCUUCAACAUGCUACAAUAAAUUUCUCCUUGGCAAAAAAAAAAACUGUAUGGGUGAAUAUCAGGAAAAAAUGCAAAUUUGACCACAGAAAUUUUCCAAGAUAUUAGAAAAUAAAAUUAAUAGAAUAUUUUAAUUACAUAAGUGAGAUUUUUUUUUAAAAUAAGGAGCAGGGUCAAUGUGAAUAUUUACCCUCAUUUUAUAGGGGCUGUAGAAUAUUUUAAUUACAUUAGUGAGUUUUUUUUUUUAAUAAGGAGCAGAGUCAAUGUGAAUAUUUACCCCCAUUUUAUAGGGGCUGUAAUUUUAAACUGUUGGGAGACAAUAAAUUUCUUAAAAUAUGCUUCAAAAACAUUAACUGAUUUUAAAAGAUGAGAUUGUCUGACAGAAAAAGCCAUGCAUUCAAACUGAUCUUUUAACUCAAAAAAUCAACUCAACGAACUCAUUACACAUAGAAAUAAUUAUGAAAAAACUUAUGUAAUGUACGCAUCAGUUGGGUAAGAAAUGGUUUCUAUUUCAAUGUUUCUAGUUCAAUGAUUGUUAGAGACAUGUUGAAUUUCCUGCUGUU